CUUGCGGCCAUGAGCAGGUACACCAGCCCAGUAAACCCGGCUGUCCUUCCGCAUCUGACCGUGGUGCUGUUGGCCACUGGCAUGUUCUUCACCGCCUGGUUCUUCGUUUAUGAGGUCACCUCCACCGCAUCCACUCGGUGUAUCUACAAAGCGCUCCUCAUCUCUUUCGUGGCCUCACUCUUCAUGGGCUUUGGAGUCCUCUUCCUGCUGCUCUGGGUCAGCAUCUACGUAUGAGCUCCCAAGGGUUCCAACCAGGCGGCUUCACUGAAUCCCUGCUUUUGUAAAUUAGUU